AUAGACUGUUGAAGAAGCAUUGGACUGCCAGAAAUAAUCUCAGUGAGCUUAAGAGAUUUGGUUGCACAUUAUUGCACGGAAUUAAUGUGAAAGACAUGCAUCAAGAUAACUUCUUAAAAGACAAGCGGUUCGAUCGAAUCAUCUUUAAUUUUCCUCAUGCAGGGCAUGACCCAGAGCUUCGGGAAAAAGAUGAAAGCCUCAUUUUGAGACACAGAGAGUUACUGUGUGAUUUCUUUAACAGUGCAAGAUGCUUAUUGAGUGAAAAUGGCGAAAUACAUGUGAAUCAUAGGGAUGAUAAACCAUAUGCUCAGUGGAGGAUUAGAAGUUUAGCAAAGAAGGGCGGACUGAUUCUGAAGGAGCUGGUGGAGUUUCAGAAGAAAGAUUAUCCAGGUUAUCAUAACAAGAGGGGAAGUGAUAUAAAAAGUAACAAGACCUUUCCUCUUGGUUUUAGGAGCUUCACUUUCAAGUUUUCAUUGAAGAGUUUCACAAAAGUUUCGGCCGAUGAAUUAUCGUUAGAUUUCUCAGAUCUGACGAUUUAGUUGCUAUAGUACUUCUUCCUUAGGC